AUGGCUGCCAGGCCGUUGGAACAGCCCGUGUACAAGGAUGACAAGCAAGGCGUCAAUGCUUUUGCUGUCCGGCCCGACCUUCGUCUCGUGGCUGCCGCACGCUGGGAUCGACGCGUCGAGCUCUUUGAUGCCAAGACAGCCACUUCUCUCGGGCGACUGGCAUGUCACGAUGGGGGCGUGCUUUGCGUUUCCUUCGACCGCCAGCGGGGUGCUCUUGCUGCAGGAGGUGAGGAUGGCCGAAUUGCAGUUUGGGGCCUUUUCAGCGAGACUUACCAGGGGCACGUGAACUGCGCGUUUGACAUCUACGGUGUCCUGCUGGCAGCUGGAAAGGCGGGGAAGGCCUUCUACUCCACGCAGAAGAAGUGCCGCAAGCAGGACACUGAAGAAGAGAAGCGCAGCUGUGCAUCGUCCGUCCAAGGGCUCGUGGCCUCUUUGGGCUUCGUGGCAUCCUUUACAGCCGGUUCGGCAAACGCUUGUGCCACGAGCUUGAAUGCACCUGCGAUUUGCUCUGGGGCGGCUUCUGUCUUUGUGUCUGUCCUGUCCAUCAUGGGCGGAGCCUUCUCAAGCUUCAAGUCUGCUUGCGCCGAUGAUGAAAAGGAGGACACGGUUGCGUUUCGACGUUUGCAUGAGCAUCACGAUGCUUGGUCUGCUGCAAAUAUGAGUAGCCCUUCUCACUUGGCGACGCUCCCACCUUCGCCGCUUCGUGUUUUGGACGCGGACAUGGAGAAGAGAAUCAAAAAGCAGCUCGCUGACAAGCAAAACCGUCAAGCUGACAUUACAUCCUGCGUGCUGGACGUGGGCCUGGUUUCUUUGUUUACAGGGCGUGGUCUGAUGAACGUCGCAAACGCUGCUCAGCACAGCCCUUGCGUGGAGCGCUUUGACUCACAUCCAGGAGAAGCCGAAACUGCCUGCGUCGUGCAAGUUUCUGGCAUCAUCGCUACCUUUGAGUUCGUUGCAAGCUUGCUGGCUGGAGUAGCUGCACUUUGCCCCAUCGAACGGCACAAGCCGGAGAAGGCCUCAUGUGCUUCAGACUCCCUGGUCGUGAUGGCUGGCAUUGGGGCCCUUAUCCAAGAAGGUGCAGCCAUGAGCCUCGAGUGUCAAGCAGAGGAGGACGAAGUCGAGCAGCAUCUCAACGAAGAGCUGGAAGGCGACAUUAUCCCCUGA